AUGGGUUCAUUGUGCCCUCUACUGUUUCCGGUGAACCGUUUCGAGCCGGAACUUAUAACACCGGCGAAGCCAACGCCUACUGAAACCAAGCAGCUGUCGGAUAUAGACGACCAGGACGGCCUUCGGUUUCAUUUUCCAGUCAUCAUGUCUUAUAAAAACAAUCCUUCAAUGAAAGGAAACGACGCCGUUAUGGUGAUCAGGGAAGCACUGAGUAGGGCACUAGUGUAUUACUACCCUUUGGCUGGUAGACUCAGGGAAGGGCCCAACAGAAAGCUUAUGGUGGAAUGCAAUGGAGAAGGUGUCUUGUUCAUAGAGGCUAAUGCUGACGUCACGCUUGAGCAACUUGGGGACAGAAUUCUACCCCCGUGUCCUGUCUUAGAGGAGUUCCUGUUUAAUCCCCCUGGCUCUGAUGGUAUUCUUGGUUGCCCUUUGCUGUUAGUUCAGGUAACUCGCCUGACAUGUGGAGGCUUCAUCUUUGGAUUGCGCAUAAACCACACAAUGUGUGAUGCAGCGGGGUUGGCUAAAUUCUUGAACGCAAUUGGGGAGAUGGCCCAAGGAGCAGAUUCACUAUCAAUGCCUCCAGUGUGGGCACGAGAGCUCCUCAAUGCCAGAGAUCCACCAACAAUUACACGUUGGCAUUACGAAUAUGACCAAUUGCUUGAUUCACAAGGCUCCUUCAUUGCAGCAAUAGACCAAUCAAACAUGUCCCAACGAUCCUUCUAUUUCGGUCCACAGCAGAUCAGAGCCCUCAGGAAACAUCUUCCACCCCACCUUUCCACUUGCUCCUCAUUUGAGCUCAUAACAGCCUGCGUCUGGAAAUGCCGGACGCUUUCACUGAGACUGAAUCCAAAAGACACUGUUCGCAUUUCCUGCGCGGUCAACGCUCGCGGGAAGCGCAUAAAUGAUCUUUGUCUUCCCUCGGGAUUCUACGGCAAUGCGUUCAGUAUCCCAACUGUCGUUUCAACGGUGGAACUUCUGUGUGCAAGUCCACUGGGAUAUGGUGUGGAGUUGGUGAGGAAGUCCAAGGCUCAGAUGGAUAAAGAGUACAUGCAAUCACUGGCUGAUUUUUUCGUGAUCAGAGGACGGCCUCCGCUUCCAAUGGGAUGGAAUGUGUUUAUAGUUUCUGAUAAUAGACAUACUGGUUUGGGAGAGUUUGAUGUUGGGUGGGGAAGACCAUUAUUUGCUGGACUUGCGAGAGCGGCCAGUAUGAUCAGCUUCUUUGUCCGAGACAACAACCAAGAAGAGGAAUUUGGAACUUUGGUGCCCAUAUGCUUGCCAAGUACGUGUUUGGAGAGCUUUGAGGAGGAGCUCAAGAAGAUGACAUUGGAGCAUGUCGAGGAGUAA